UUAUCCAGGACAAUCUGACUGUUGACAUUAUCCAGGACAAUCUGACUGUUGACAUUAUCCAGGACAAUCCGACUGUUGACAUUAUCCAGGACAAUCUGACUGUUGACAUUAUCCAGUAUGAUGCCGAAGGAGAUGUUGGAAUCACUACUGAAAGGAUGCUUCCGUCUUUCGAAAUUCUGUCAAACGACAGUCCUGCCACACAGUCGGAUGAACAGACUUGGCCCAUGGCUGUUUCUCUUGGAGAUGUUCUGUCUGUGUUAUAUUGGAAGUGUGGAGAUUAUCCCCAAAUUGUGGACGAGGUACGGACCUAACCUGGUCCUCAUGAACCAGGCGUUUACAUGGUUCCUUGGCAUGGAGAUUCUGAUGAACUGGCUGUGUGUGAGGUUUGUGACGUCAUCGUAUCAGCCCGACCUAGCCCAGAUACAGCUGCUGAAGCUGGAUGACAGAUCCCAGCAGUACACUGAUUACACGAAGUCCUUUGUCGAAGAAAACUUGAGACACAGGAAGCCUGCAGAAAACAACCGGAGUGCGUCCAGAGGUUAUUUCACUUGGAGCACAUGCAAAUCCUGCAAGAAAGUGCGACCCGCUAGGUGUCACCACUGUAGCAUUUGUAAGACAUGCGUUCUUGCAAGAGACCAUCAUUGCUUCUUUUCAGGGAAUUGCGUCGGAUACAAAAACCUCCGCCACUUCUUUGUAUUUCUGUUUUACAGUAUGUAUGCUACUGUGUAUGCAUUUAUCCACGCGACGGCGUUCUACUAUUUAGAGCUAUGGCCCCGGACAAUUGUCCUGGAGAUCAUACCGUUUGUUACAUUCCUGAGAAACUUGUUUGGCCAAGGUGAGUACCAUACAGGAGUACUCAUCUUAGUCUGGUGGGCGCUUGGCAUAUUCUUGAUAAUUGGCGCCUUCCAGUUUAUUGACCUUUUGCUAGAGAUCCCGGAAGGUGUGACGUCAUACGAAUUCAACUGUGGAAUAGAGUUGGAAGACUCGCGUUCGUUGACGGAGAAGAUUAGAGCAGUGUUUGGAAAGUACUGGCUUCUGAACUUUUUAGUUCCAGUUCACUUUAUAUUUCCGCCUAUUGUUGAUCCAGUCAAUUGGCCUACUAUUUCCGGAAUAAAACGAGCACCUGACGAGUUUUUGUAGAGUGAAUGCUGGAAUUUUACGAAUAGGUUUUAUUUGAUAUAAAGACAAUACAAGGAG